AUGACCCUUCGACAGUACGGAAAUCCGGACGACCCCGCCUCCACCACCCAACCAGAAGAAGCGCAACGCAUCAUGGCGUACAGCUUCAGUCUCCUUCACGUAUCCCUCGACAUUCCUAGCAUCCAACUCUGGAAGCUGCUCACCUUCCUGGACGUAGGCAUACUCAGUCUGCAACGUGCUCAAAACGUGGGCAGUGAGGGACUCGACAUGAAUAGCUUCCUCGUCGUCACCGACAGUGAGAAAAUUCCCCAACAACUCGUCAAUGAAAUGCACAUCCCUCGACCACCAAAUCGAGAAAUGUACCACCGCGACGACCCAACAAGACCGAGUCAUCAUCAUACCCACGGACCACUGGUCCAACCUAAGCGGCCACAACAUUACCGGCAAUCCCACCUUCACUGGCGUACUCAAGAACGCAAAUUUGUUCCCCCGCAGUCCACUGAAACCCAGACUAUCACUACAGCCAUCACCCAUGAAACCGGAACCCAGGCCGCCAUGUUGGUAGACUAUGGCACGACGACGGAACGACGCACAGUCGCAGAAACCGAACCCACCACAACCGGCGUCGAGCAGCUCCCGCGACCGACAUCGACAGCUUUCCCCGACCAAAUCGACAUGGACAUGGAUGCAGCUGAGGUCACUGUGCUGCGGGUGUCUCCGCGCCCAUGGUCCUCACACCGCGAUCAGGCAUCGCCUGAUCCAACCCAGCCGGCCCAUACCGCUGAUCUCAACUCCGCGAGUUCUCCUGGAGGCCAACAAGCGCCAUGUACGGCUCAAUCCGAGCACGACUGGGAAAUGACUGACCAGCUCCACUUCCCUCGCAUGAAACAACCGGUCCCCAUCUCACCACCAGCCACCACCCUGCCGGCUACCCAAACGGCACGUAAUGAAAGUGAGGAAGGGCACCGAGUCCACCGAAACCCAGCUACUCAGUCCAAUCUGGGGAUUGCGUACGAGGGCCGAGUUCGGCGCCAUGGUUUCGUCCUCCGUUUCCACGGUGACGCUCGGUUGUCCUACACAUGUGGGUACUUCAACAAGGGUAGGGGCGACUGGCGGGAGGUGCCGUUGACGCCGCAGACCCGCACACACCCAAUUGCGACAUGGAAGCAGAUUCAAACAUGUGGGGCGACUCCCAAUUUGACAACCAGUUAUCGACCGGAUGUAAAUAUGGAGGACCUGAUGGUCGCCUACCUACAAACCACCAUGCAUGAUCUCACCUCUCCCCCCAACAACGGCCAUGAUAUCGCCCAACCUAACGCCUGCUUAUCCAUCGACCUCACGACCGAGGACCCGCUCAGCGGCGCUUGGCUCGACACCGCAUCAGACGGGUGGCUUUCCGGACAUAGCGGCGGUGGCAGCCUGUUGGGGAAGGUGAACUACACCCCGGGCGCCCCACAUAUCGUCAAGGAGAUACUGUGGACAGAAGUACUCGCAAGCCUCACGGAUUCCUCCGUGAUGCUUGUGCAUCGCAAUGACAACCAUUUCGACCCCAUGUACUACUUCCCUCCAUCCCUCAUGUGUGAUCCAUCCGAACCUCAAGCGGAACCCCGCCCCCAAACUGAACUGGCCCCACCCUGGAGCUGGCCUAUCUCUCUACCACCUCACGAACGCCCGCCACCACCCAUAGUGGCCAAGCCCAAAGCCCGCACAAAAGACACUCCCGUUAGCCCUCCCCAAACGCAUCACCACAUGGAUGCGCGACAAGAAUACGAAGGGUUCCAGUAUGUGGUACCCACAUAG